GCAUCAAAUCCAAAGCGGCUCAACUUCCUCUAGCGCUCCAUCUCCGUCCCGAUCUCUCGAGGUGAUCCGAUCUCGCAGCGUUCGUUCCAUCAUCCGCUGCACGCGCGUCAAUGGCCAGCCUCCGCGCCGCCGUGUUCGCCGUCUCCUGCGCCCUCCUCGCGGCGUCCGUGUCGUCGGCGGCGCCGCCGUCGGUGUUCAAGGUCGGCGACGAGCGCGGGUGGGUGGUGCCGUCUGCCAACGGCACCGAGACGUACAACCACUGGGCCAAGAGGAACCGCUUCCAAGUCGGCGACAUCCUGAAUUUCAAGUACGCCAACGACUCGGUGCUGCUGGUGAGCCACGACGACUACAAGCAGUGCAGCACGGAGACGCCGGUGAGACGGUUCACGGGCGGCGACACCAAGUUCACGCUCGACGGCCUCGGCCCCUUCUACUUCGUCAGCGGCGUCCCGGGCCACUGCGAGAAGGGGCAGCGCAUGAUCGCGCGCGUCAGGAUGCCCUCCUCCCUGACGGCCGGCGUCCCGGCGGCGGCCCCGGGGAUGCCGCCCACCGUCGGAGCCGGAGGCGCGCCCAGGCCCGCCGCGCCGUCGGUCGCCGCUUCCGGAUCCGCCUCCACUCCCGCCCCGAGCCCGCUGCUGGAGGCCAGCGGCGCGACGUCGAGGCGGGCGCUUAGCGUUGUGUCGUCCGGGCUCGCGGUCGCGGGCGUCGUCAGUCUGUUCGUGGUGGUUUGAGCUUAAUUAGGUGUCUGCUUUCUCGAUCGAUACUCGAUAGUGUGCAAUCGGUUUAGGGAUUAAUGCUAGUUUCUGGAGAUCUAGCAGUUCAGUCAGGAAUUGGUAAGGGCCAUUGGCCAGCUGCUUAGGUGAGAAAAGGUAGACUUGGUGUAAUUCGUUUUCGUCAAUAAAAAAUGGUCGUUAAUC